AUGGAAGAGUACCCGGAGGUGCUCCGAACACCACCGGUGGCUUUAGUAUCUCUCGUCGGAUGUCCAGACCUCCACCCGACAAUUACGGCUCACCUCCACUCAGAACAACCACCGAUCAACGCACUAGCCCUUCCAGAUUUCUCAAAGAUCUCUGUAAUUGCUAAAACUCCGAAAGACAAGUCUUCGGAUUCGGGUCAGCCCGGUGGCAUUUUGAAGAAAAAUUGGCUUCUAAAGCACCGGACUAGGGUUCCGGCUGUCGUCGCCGCUCUCUUCAGCUCCGAUCACGUCUCCGGUGAUCCCGCCCAGUGGGCUAAAGUCUGCGCCGAUCUCGAUAACCUCAAAGCUGUGAUUAGGGGAAGGAACAUCAAAUUGGUGCUGGUCGUUGUUGCUCAGUCUACUAAGGGUAGGUUGGCACAUUUUUUAUACUCGGCUGGAUAUAUUUGA